CCUCCCAUCUUCUCUUCCUCCUCCUCUUUCUCCUCCUCCUCCUCCUCUUCCGUGGCAUCUCUGCUUGCUCAAAUAUGCGGAGUGUGGAGGCCUGAUUCAUGUUAACUAGAACCCAAAGAUGAAGGAGUAAAUUACCGGCCCGUUAGAGUCCCAGUCAAGUUAAAUGAAAGUGGAGUGAGGAUGUUUGCUGUUGACUGAAGUCCACUCCAACAAACAUAAUGAAGAGGAGGCUUCUUCGUGGUUUCCUGUCGGAAAUUUCAAUCCGGCUGGCGCUGCUGCUCUUCUUCCUUGUGACGGAGCAGCUUCCUCCUUUCUACCGUGAGAUCCAGCCGGAGGAGAUGUGGUUGUAUAAAUUCCAUCGUGUGGAGAGAGACCACGUUCCCACCUCUCUUAUGUUUAGUGUGGCGGUUUUCACCCCGAUGAUUGUGAUCCUGGUUUUCACCUUCCUGAAGAAGACGGAGCGAGGCGAUCUGAAGGAGGCCUCUCUGGCUGUGACUUUGACUCUGGUGCUAAACGGAGUUUUCACCAACGUCAUCAAACUUGUUGUUGGCAGGCCGCGGCCAGACUUCUUCUACCGCUGUUUCCCAGACGGUCAGAUGAACCUGGAGUUACGCUGCAGCGGUGACCCAGAUACAGUCAUCGAGGGCAGGAAGAGCUUUCCCAGCGGCCACUCUUCCUUUGCCUUUGCGGGUUUGGGUUUCACAGCGCUGUAUGUCGCAGGAAAGUUGCGCUGCUUCAACGCAGCGGGCCAAGGCAGAGCGUGGCGGCUGUGUGCCUUCCUCACACCUUUACUCAUCGCGACGGUGAUCGCCCUCUCCAGAACCUGCGACUACAAACACCACUGGCAAGACGUACUAGUGGGUUCUCUGCUGGGUCUGGCCUUCGCCUGGUUGUGUUACAGACAGCACUACCCUCCUCUUCAGGACCCCGACUGCCACAGACCUCUGCGUCACAGAGAGACUGUUCCCGCCGCACAGGAGCGCAAACUGGCCAACUCCAACUACAUCCUGCCGCUGUAGAGCAGCUGUAACUGUCGCAUGGUGUCACUCAUACUGGGUUACAUGGUAAUCCUUAUAAUUCUGGUUUCCACCACACCGUCGUUAGGGCUGGGCAUCAAUUAUUUAUUGUUUAUCGUCUAUCAUCGUAACUGUAUUGUGGGAUUUGUUUUGUAUGGUAUCACGUUUUCUAAUCUACAAUGACACGUUUCUACUGAAGGUUUUUCUCGAGAGUUGCCGUAAUUAACAACUCCGGUUUAACAACCACAUAAUCAACUUGAAGUGUUUGUUUCCAAAACCUAAACACACGUCAUUACUUCUAGAAGUUACCAACAUUGGAGAGCCUGGUGAAUACCAUGACAUGUAUUAUUUCCCAUAAGGCCCAGCCCCACACACCCGUUGUAUUGUGCCUCUAGAUCACAUAGAUACUCCCAACAGCUGAGCAGGUCGACCACACAAGCACUGCACUAAUAGUCCACUGCCCACCAACCGCCGGCUCAGCUGCUGGGAGGCAGUUUCUCAUGUCGGGACACUAUUUGGUGAUUGUUUUGUAAAUUUUUUCAACAAGCAGGGUUGAGACUUGAGGAAAAAUAUUCAGUAUUUGUGCGUGGACGUUUGUUCCUGACCUUUGGGAAACAACAUAUGGUGAAGAGAAUCAGAGCUCAACCCGAUGCUGAAACGAUUAGGUGAUUAAUCGUUUAAUCCUUUGAGUCAUUUAUCAACAAAUGAUGCCGAACGCUUGGUGGCUGUAGCUUCUCACAUGUGAAGAUUUGCUGCUUUUUUUUAUAAUUGUGGAUUUAAUAUGUAAUGGUUGGUCUGUCGGUAAGACAAAACAAACAAUUUGAAGCACUGAAAA